AUGAUGGGAUGGUGGCAGCUAGAAGCCUUGCCUGAAAAGGAGGAGCCAUUUUAUGAGAGAGGCUGCUUAAUAUUUGAGAGAAACGGUAACGAUGUGUCUGACCUUUACAGUGGCUGUGUUAAUGCUGUCCCAUUUCCUCCAAGUCAUCGGCUCACAGCUAAGGAAGUGUUUGAUAAUGAUGGAAAACCUCGUGUGGAUAUCUUGAAGGCACACCUUAUGAAAGAAGGGAGACUGGAAGAGAGUGUCGCUUUGAGAAUAAUAACAGAAGGAGCUUCAAUUCUUCGCCAGGAAAAAAAUUUGCUGGACAUAGAUGCACCAGUUACAGUUUGUGGAGACAUCCAUGGUCAGUUCUUUGACUUGAUGAAACUGUUUGAAGUGGGAGGUUCUCCUGCCAACACGCGGUAUCUGUUCCUGGGGGACUACGUGGACAGAGGGUACUUCAGCAUUGAAUGUGUGCUGUACUUGUGGGCCUUGAAAAUCCUUUACCCCAAAACACUGUUUUUACUUCGUGGGAAUCAUGAAUGUAGACAUUUAACAGAGUAUUUCACAUUUAAACAAGAAUGUAAAAUCAAAUAUUCAGAGCGUGUAUAUGAUGCCUGCAUGGAUGCCUUCGACUGCCUUCCCUUGGCUGCUCUGAUGAACCAACAGUUCUUGUGUGUACACGGUGGCUUGUCUCCAGAGAUCAACACUUUAGAUGACAUCAGAAAAUUAGAUCGAUUCAAGGAACCACCUGCAUAUGGACCUAUGUGUGACAUCCUGUGGUCAGACCCAUUGGAGGACUUUGGAAAUGAGAAGACUCAGGAACACUUUACUCACAACACAGUCAGGGGGUGCUCGUACUUCUACAGUUACCCUGCAGUAUGUGAAUUUCUACAGCACAAUAACUUGUUAUCUAUCCUCCGAGCUCAUGAAGCCCAGGAUGCUGGGUAUCGUAUGUACAGGAAAAGCCAAACAACAGGCUUCCCUUCACUAAUCACAAUUUUUUCAGCACCAAACUAUCUAGAUGUAUACAAUAACAAAG